AUGGACCCCCUCCCAGAGUACUCUAUGUUCCUGGUGCGGAUUCUGGAGGAGUUGGACACAAAGCACAACACCAUGUCCUACCAGGACCUCUGCAAGUCUCUGUGCGCUCGUUUUGACCUGGUCCACCUCGCCAAGCUCCGCAGCCUGCUCUUCUACACGGCAUGCCUGGACCCUGCCUUCCCUGCCACCCUCUUCAAGGACAAAAUGCGCUGCUCCAUGGAGGAUCAGCAGUCCAAGAAGCUGAUGGUUGCAGCUGACAUUGUCACCAUGUUUAACUUAAUCCAGAUGAAUGGGGGCUUAGCGAAAGACAAGCUCCCCAUAGUGCACAGAGCCAAGUUCCAAAAGAACCUGUCUGUGGAGUCAUGCAGGUCUGACAACGAUGUUUAUAAGUUUCAGGACUGUGAGAGGGCAAUGGGUUAUGAGCACAUGGAUCACCCCAGGGAAGGACGCCAUUACCAUCAUCACCACCGCCCCCACCAGCACCCCAUGACCCAGAACGCCCCUCCUUGUCCUAAAUCAGAGUGCAACAACUGCCAGCAGUUUAUUCCCACUUCGGACCCUAACUUUCUUCUAGGCAUCAACAAGGACCUAAAAUGUAGAGCAGCAUCUUUGGAUAAACUACAGCAUCUGCCCCAGUACUCCAGUGGCAGUCCACCCUCUCCACCGUGUGAGAUGCAGAGCACCUACUUUCCCAUGGAUAUCGACAGUGAGUCCACCACGGAGCACGACUCCUUGCAACACAUUGGCCAUCCGGAGCCCUUCUCCAUUCAUUCCUGCAUCCAAAAGAGGAACAUCUUUAAGGAGGACUUCCACAAUCUGCUGGCCUUCUCACCACAGGUCAUCACUGCUGAGUGCAAACAAGGCACUAAGUCCAAUGAAGGCUACCACAGGAGGGAGCUCCACAAACCUACCACUUUCUUCAACCACAGCUUCGAACUGCCCUACAAUAACCCUUACUUUGAACCAGCUCUGAACUCCCCUAUUCAGGAAAGACGACGAGCAAAGCACGAAAGCCUGGAUGACCUCCAAGCAUCCACAUAUUUUGGACCAACCACAGUCUCUGAAUGCGUCAGCAAUCGGAAGUAUAGUAAUAAGCCAGGGAAGCAGCCGUCUUGGCCAGUGAAGAGCCUAAGUCUCAAUGCAGAGGAGGGGUCUCCAGAUUUUGAGAGGUCGUUUAUGAAUAGCAAGCCACUCAAAGAAAACCACCGUCAUAAUAUCAGCAUCAUCAGCAACGACAACGAGCAGCAUUUCCAGAGCCCUAAGGAAAAAGUCAUUGCCUCUCCUUCAGCGUUUGUGAAGAAAACUAACGGGGUGAAAAACAAGGAUGUGGCAUUGAUGGCAUGUGGACCUGGGGGUAUGGACAAGAGAGAGGCAGGGAAGAGGUUUAGGGAGAAAAAUAUGCACAGCUCAUCUUUUCAGGCAGGGGAUUGCUCCUCUAGUGUUGGGACUCAAACCGAACAGGCAGAGAAGAAGAUAGUGAAGGAAUACCCUGCUAAAUAUGGUGAUAGAGAAAGACACCCCUUCAAACACUCUGACGAGGACUCUGAAAUCGUCAGUGAUGACAUAAGUGACAUAUUUCGUUUUCUUGAUGACAUGAGUGUUUGCGACUCUUUAGGUGUCAUCCAGUCAUCGUGCUACAACAGUAAUGGGUCCCUUUCUCAGGUAACGAUGAAGUCAGAAGGCGACAGCUCCCCAGACCGCAACACGGUAAAGCUGGCCAAGUCCAAGCUGGACCGCCUUUUCCAGUCUCUUGAAAGCACUGAUGAUGAGCUUAAAUCCAGCGUUUGCAAGCUGGUGAUGAGGAUUGGCGAGAUCGAGAAGAAGCUUGAGUCUCUGUCAGGGGUUCGCGGUGAGAUCUCCCAGGUGCUCUGUAAACUCAACAAGCUGGACGAAAAGAUCCAGGAACCAGAGGGCAACGGGAGACAAGGGGAGACGGUUUCAGCCUCAGGAUCCAAUGCCACCCCUGUCCACCCACACCCGCAUCCCCAUCCUGACCCCAGCCUGUCACCCCGUGUCUUCCAGUGCCACACUACUGGCCACAAUGUCAAAGUGGACAAUGGCACCCCAGGGGAGUGGUGCUGCUCAGAUGGGAGUAACAGUGAAAGCCUUAGGGUGAAAGCUCUGAAGAAGAGCAUGUUCACCAGAAGGUCGUCCCGUUCACUCAACGAAGAGAACAGCGCCACAGAGUCAAAGGUUGCCAGCAUCACCAACUCCCCAAGGGACUGGAGGACGGUGUCCUACUCAUCCCAUCCUGGAGAUGAGGGCAAAGACAAGGACAGAGACAGAGACAGUAAAGACAGACACAGGAAAGCCAAAGAGCGAGAGCGUCAAUACGAGCUCCCCCAGGCCCAUCGACCCUCAAAGCCGCCCAAGGACUCUUACCUCAUCGAACAGGUUUUCUCACCACACCCCUUCCCCCCCUCUGUCAAGGCCCAUAUGAAGGGCAGCCCUCUGUACACUGACCUGAGGCUGGCCGGCCUGUCUGAUGGCAAGCGCAGCCAGCCCUCCUGGACCAUCGAGGAAUACAAACGCAACUCAGGAGAGAAGGGCAAGCAGCUCACAGCUCUGGACCUGCAGACCCAGGAGUCCCUAAACCCCAACAACCUGGAGUACUGGAUGGAGGACAUCUACACCCCAGGCUACGAUUCUCUGCUCAAGAGGAAAGAAGCGGAGUUCCGCAGGGCCAAAGUGUGUAAGAUCGGAGCAUUGAUUGCAGCCGCUACCUGCACUGUGAUCUUGGUUAUUGUCGUUCCAAUUUGCACCAUGAAAACAUGA